AAGGAAUAAAAAGAAUAUUUGGAGUUGUGCGACGCGCGCGCGGACAGUACGGACAAGCGAAUAACUGACGAGCGGUCGAUUAAAAGCGCGAUUGUUAUAAUCAAUAAAGGAAAAAAAGGGUGAACAAAAGUGCCGCAGCGAGACGGUCGUACUUUCCCCGAGUGUGCGGCUUUGCGCUCCGACGAGGACACUGUAUACGUUUUCAGCCCCUCCAGAUCUCUGAUAUCGCGAGGGUGUCGCGAAUCGGCGCUCCCCGCGAGUUCGAUAAGCUCCGAGGAACGGGACAAAGUUGGAAAGUUCGGCAAAAGGGUGCCGGGAGACGACGGACACGAGCCAACGCUCGGCACUUUAAAGGGGCACCAUCGUAACUGAGAUUGAAAAAGUGCCAGAGACUUACUUUGCAAAAGUACGAGGAGAGAGAGAGAGAGAGAGAGAGCAAACAGGUGCUCCACACUGCCGGCGCAGUGCGUUCCAUCAUCAUCCACCACGAGCGUUCAGGGGAUAUAAGGUGGCGACAUGUCGGCGCUGAGUUCCGGGCCCUGCCGACCCGGGAUCGUUGUCUACCUGGCUUACUUCGUCGUCCUCGCCCUCUGCGCGCCCACCACGCAUUCCGCGCCAGUUUACGAAUCUGACUCGACACAGGUUGCAGAGUACGACGCAGGUUCCAGCGGAUGUUACUACAAUUUCCAACACUACCAAGAGGGUGCACGGAUAAUUACGAACGAGCCAUGUCUAAACUGCACGUGCCACAAUCGAAUGUUAAUGUGUUAUCUAAGGGUGUGUCCAUUCACAAAAGCCAUAGGCCAGGACUGUACGGCCGAGAAGCGACCGGACCAGUGCUGCCCGGUCAUCACAUGCCCAGAGGUCCCUGUGCAGUUGCUCACCUCGACAAGUUCACCAAAAUCCACAUCAUCCUCAUUGUCAACGACAAGUGGCCUAAUCACCGGAGAUGGCUCGAACUCGACCGAGCUUGGAUUCCCCGAUACCUACGGCUGCAAUAUAAACGAUCACUUCUUGGCCGAUGGUGCCCAACUCCCCAUCGAUCCUAAUAACCCCUGUGAACUCUGCUAUUGCAUCAGGAACAAGACGACCUGUCUGAUGCAACAGUGCACAUUAGCUGUCUCUGGAUGCAGACCAAUUUAUCAACCUGGAAUCUGCUGCCCAGUCAAGUAUAACUGCGAUUAUGAUGAAGAAUAUGAAACUACGGUUGGUACGACCCCAGGUCUCAUCUUUACGACGUCUACAACGGAAACGACGCCUUACACAGCCCCCCCACAGUGCCACUAUGAAGACAAGGUUUACGAAGACGGUGAGCUUAUCUACAUGAUACAGCCGUGCCAGCAUUGCUACUGCCUCCACGGUAAAAUCGUGUGCGCAGUACAGGAAUGUGGUAAGCCAAUGGAAUCUCACGACAAGAACUGUACGGCUUUACCACCACCAGAAGGUGAAUGCUGUCCAACUACCUAUCAAUGUGAAGAUGACCUUGGACACAUGGCAACAGAAAUACCUGAAGUCACAGAUAAAAAGGAUUUCGAACAAUCUACUGCAAAGGAGCCAGAGACAUUCCCUGGAUCAGAUAAUGCCAUUCCUGAAGAAAUUUCGCAACAUGUAUCUACGACUGAUAAAUCACAAACAGUAUCGUCGUUAGGAAACGAAGUUUCCAAAUUAGAACCCACACAAUCGACUGCUACUGAAGUAAAUAUUCCAGAAGAAAUUUAUACCACUAUUAAACCAAAUAGUGAAAAAACUGCAGAAGUUUCAGAAUCGACCACGGCUAAUAAUUCGUCUGAAAUUUUAAUAGACAAUAAACAGAAAGAAUCUUCUGAAGAAUCUGAUACACUAUCAUCGACAUCAACGGAACUAACUGAAAUUUCGUCAUCAAUAAAGGAUGAAAAUGUUUCACAGAUAAGUGACGAACAUAAAUCAACAACGAUGUCGAUCGUAGGUACCAAAGAUACUUCAGAACCCGAAACAUUGGAAAUUGCACCUACAACAAUUCCAAGUGAAAUAAAAGAUAUCCAAAUGGUAUCUGAACAAGAUUCAACAAGUAUAGCAACGACAGAAAAACAGAUUGCAAAUCCGGAAAUAACUUCUACGGAGUCACAUGUUUCUACAAUUGAAAGUAUAGACUCUAAUCAGCUUCAUGUUGUUACAAAUAAAAUUGAAGAAUCAUCUACUGUUAUGUCUGAAGAGUUAGAAAAAUCUAGUGAAUCAUCUAGUCCCAUUAGUGAAAUAACGACACAGCAAACCAUUAUUAAGGAUUCGUCUGAAAGCAUAUUUAUCGCAUCUAGUACGGAAUUAAAUAAAGUCGUAGACUCUGCACAUGAAGAUAUUACAACAAAUUAUGAUCAUACUGACAUGAUUGAAUCAAGUUCACAGAAAACUAAAGAUGAAGUAACUUCAGAACGAGAAAAAAGUGAGGAAGUCACAACAAGUUCAGAAAGUAUAGCAACAGAUAUACCACAUAAUUAUGAUCAAUCAAACGAAACACAAACUCUACCAAAACUUGAUAGUAGUAAAGAAACUUCUGAAAUUGCGACCGAUUAUGACAAACAAAAAGAAAGUGCAGAAGCUACUGUAUCAAACAACUUUGAAUAUUCAACAGUGACUCCUAGCGAAGAUAAAUAUUAUGAGAAUAUUGAUUCUGUAACAACUUUGGAUGGCACGGAAACGUCGACUUCUGAUGAAGAUAAUGUAACUAAAAAAGUUUCUGCGGAAAUUAGUACUGAAAGUACUAUGAAAAUGAGUUCAGAAACGAGUGAAAAAGACGAAAUUACUGUAGAAGAAAAAGUAUCAUCAACAUUAGGACCUACGAUUUUCGAUGAGUCGUCUGUAAAAUCAGAAGAUGAAAUCAUUUCGCAAUCAACAUCAGAAACACCAUACACCGAAAAACCUACACCUAUCAUUGAAAAAAUGCCACAGCAAGGCCCGAUAGGUAUUUCGAUACCAGAUAGAGUUCCUGAACACAAAGCGGAAGACAAAGACGCUGUAACCGAUUUUAAAGUCACUGAAGAAUAUCUUACGACUGGCAGUGGAAUGUCUCAUCAAGUUGACAGCCUGAAAACUGAAGUUCCAGACUUUGCAACCACAUAUUUACCGCCACUUGGUUCUAGUACUGAAAUUUAUUAUCAUUCGUCAACUCCUCUUUACGAAGAUCUUCCAAAAGAGGAACCAGAUAUGGAAGGACUGACCACAGAAAUUUCUAUUACACCCAAAUCUCCAAUCAGUAAGGCAGACGUGCCUCAAAAUGAAGUAUUUGAUGAAAAGAAAGAACCAAUCGACACAAGUACUGGUAAAGAGACAGAUAAAGAAUUAAUUGCUGCAGAAUCACCAACUAAAGAAACGAGCACUUCUCAAAUAGAUACGAAUUUACCGGAAGAAAACUUAAAUACCAAGGAUACAAGUACAGUUGCAGGAAUAUCUGCAAACCCUACUGAUCAACCUUUAACGCAAGAUAGCACGUUAUCUAUUUCACCAGAGCAAUCAAUAACAGAAGAAACUGAAACAAAUAAUUCUGAAUUGAGUAUAUUAACCACUGAGACGACAGAAGAGUUGAUAAAAAAAAGUGAUGCUGAGUCAUCUGUUUCUAGUGUAGAAACAUCUACUUCCGACCAGUUUGAGAUAAAAAAUAACACUUCUAAAGAAAGUGCAAUUACAACUGAAAACUCUAAUGUUUCGAUGACAAUAGAAAAUUUGGAAAGUACUUCUAAAGAAACAACUAGUGAAUCCAUAGAAAAAUUAAUGACUUUUACAACUCCGAAAUCAAGUAGUGAGAAUUAUGACACUACAGUGCAACAAAUUUUGGAUGAAUCGACUGAAAAUAUUACAGAAUUCAAAGUGCCUACUGAGCUUCCUAAUGACAACGUAUUGACUGAAAUAGCCACUGAAACUUCAGCAGAAAUUUCUGAUGAUUCAAAAGAUACUGUGCCAGUAGAAAGUACGGAAUCUCCAACUAUGGAUAAAACAGUAUCUGAUAAAGAAGAAUCCACAGCUGAGCCAGUCAAUUCCGAUGACGAAAAAUCUGUCUCACCAACGCAUUCAGAGUCAUCUACAGUUCCAUCUUUAGAAACAAAGAUUCAAGAUCAAGAUUCACUGAAAGAAAUUUCAAUCACAGAGUCAGAACAACAAUUUAAGCCAACUGAAAAAAGUGAAACGGAGACUGAUAAGUCUAGUAUAAUUCCCAUGACAGGUUUAUUAGAUAAUCAUGAAACUCCAACUAAUGAAAUAAUACCAUCUAUUGGUAAUUUUAAUACAUCUACAGAACAAAGUAUACCAAGUGAAGUUUUUUCGAAAAAAGAAGAAUCUAGUCAUACAACGGAAUCUGAUUUUAUUGGAAGCUACACCACAGAAAUCGCGGUAGAUAAAAAUCUUGAAAAGCGACCGACUUCUCAUAUUCCAGGGGAAGGGAACUGUGUUGUUGACGGGCAAUCUUACGUUAAUAACUCAGCUAUUCCCCCAGCGAAUCCUUGCCAAUUAAGUUGUCGAUGCGCCAGUAGUAUUGUUCAGUGUGAAGUCGUCAAAUGUUCUCCUCCACCAUCUGAUUUGCCAAACUGCACUCCUGUAUACUCCAAGAUGGAAUCAUGUUGCCCUAUAUACACGUGUGAUUCUACCCCUAGUGUAGAAUUAGAAGUUGAUAAUCAAAAAUCUGAACAACAUACAACGGUUUCUAAUGAAAGUCAAGUUCAGAUUACGGAAAAAACAUUUGUCGAAGAAUCAACUCAUGUCGAGGAAGCAUCUACACAGUCCGACGUAACUGUUAAAAUACAACCUGAAAUAAAUAAUACCUUUUCUAGUGAAGGUACUCAAGAUGAUCUUGUUACUCCCGUUUCUCCUGUUCAAGGAGAAACGGAGAGUACAUCAAAACCAACAGAAAAAUCUGAAAGUCCCCUGGGAGAAAGUAACAAUGAACCAAAUUCUGCUGAAAAGGGGCUGCCAGAUCAGUCGGUAGAAGAAGUUGUAACUAAUAAGAACGAAAAUGUAGAUUCUAUUCUUGAAACAUCAACUACAGAAUCUGAAAUUGUUUUGGGCGUAGAUAAAACAGAAAUUCCCAAUUUAUCUGAACCGUUGCCAGAAUCACAGAGUGAAAUUUAUACUCCACAACAAACAACAGAGAGUGAAGAAAAUGUAUCAAAAGAAAUAUCAAGUAGCGAAGAUUCAUUAAUGAUUGUUGAAAUUUCGACAAGUACAAUAAAAUCAUCUUUAGAUAUGGAAAAUCAAGUUGAAACAUCCACAGAGUUGAGUAAGUCAACCAAAAUAGAAGUAGAAAACUCAAGCACUGAAAAAUCAAAUUCACAAAUUCAUGAUAACGAAAAACCAAAUGAAAAAGACAUUGCAGAACCAGUGACAGUUUAUUCUAUGGAAUCUGCUGAAACAAACAAACCUAUCGAAUCUACUGAAAAAACAUCAACAUCUGGAGAGUCUGAACUGACUUACUUGGAUUCUUCUGAAGCUCCAUUAUCUACAUCAGAGGAAAAAUUAAUAGAAAAAGAAACCUUGGCUCCAAUAGAAAUACAAACAACUCCAGACUCAAACUCUAUGGAUUCCGAAGAAGUGCAUUCUUCAACAGAAUAUAUUCCUACGAAUGAAAUAAGUCAAACUUCAGAAGAAAUUCAAAUCCAGUCUUCAACAGGAUCCGCAGAUGAGCAAGUUACUUCAACAUCGCUCAAACCUGUGAAAAAAUUAGAUGAAAUCGAACCACAAGAUUAUACGACUGAAAAAUCUGUGGAACCGGAUGCUACUACAAGUGAAGCAUUGACUACUGUUUCAGCAGACGACAAACAAAAAGAAUCAAUAAAUACUGCUACACCUGAUGAAGAGUCGUCAUCCACAAUAUCAGUUAGCAAGAUUGAAAAUACUAAUAAAAUAAAUGAAGAACACAUUCAAGUUACCACCACUUCUUCAGUAGAGGAUAAUGAAUCAACUUCACCAACUCCGAUAGAAACAUCAUUUGGUGCUAAUGAAAUAUCUACUACUGAGAGUUCGUCAAUAUAUUCACCGCAAACAAGCGUAAAACCAGAAUCUUCUGACCAGAUCACUAACGAAACGCCUACUGGAUCUCCACCAGAAAGUAAUAAAACAGAAUCAGUUGAUGGACUAGAUGUCGAAAUAAGUACAAGUAAAUCAGAUGAAAAAGUGAGUGAAAUUUCUACAGAAAUAAGUAAAGAGUCUGAAACCUCCAGUCAAGAAAAUAUAAUUUCAUCAACUACAGAACAAGAUGACGUUAAGAUAAAACCAACAGAAUUACCUACUGACAUUGAAAAUAAAACUCUAAAAUCGUCUGAUGAUGAAGUUACUGAAUCAUCAUCAAUUAAAACUGGAGUAUCUGAAGAAAGCGAGCCACCAAUGAUUUCUGAAGAAAAGAAAGAAACUUCAGAAAUCAGUACCACAGAGCUUAAAGAAAAUGAACCAAUUCCAUCUCCAAAAGAACCUUCAAGUACAACUCAGGAAGUAGAAAGGACAGAGGUGACAAGUGAGUUUAGUAACGAAAAAGAUACAACAGUUUCUACAUCGACUCAAGAUCAGACGAAAAAUCAACCUGAUGAAGAAAUUUCCCCACAAAUACCAAUAACAACUGAAACCACAAUCGAUAAGGCACCUGAAAAAGUGACUGAGUCUCCUGACAAAGAACUAACGUCAAUAAACUUAAGUAGUGAUGAACCUUUAAUAGACAAUGAACAAAAAGGUUUGUCGACAGAAGCACCCACUUUAGACGCAUCUUCAAGUAUUUCAACGCCUAGUGAAAACCCAGAUGAAAAAGAACAAAGCUUAUCUUCAAAUGUUUCGGAAAAAACAACACCAGAUUCAAGUAUAUUAAACGAAUCACAACCAAUGAUCCCGCACGAUCUCCAAGAAUCAAGUUCUAAAGUCCCACAAGACGAAUUGACGAGUACAGAGUCAUCCGAAAUAAUUUCUCCUGAAGUGAUUUCUCCCGAAGAUGACCAAUAUCACACUGAUGCCCAUCAGACAGAAGAACCAACUCCUUUAAGCCCUCACGAUACAGAAAGUCAAGAACCGAUAGAACACCAUACAACUCCCUCGCAUCCUUUUACUCGUCCUAAAUUCCCAGAUCAAAUAUCAGAAACUGAUGAUGAGCACAUAUUCCCUCCAGAUGGUGCUGAUAUUAAGAAUCAAAACGAAGAUUCAGAUGCAGAGGAUUACGACGAUCAGGCAGUGUAUGGACCGGGUACAUGUAGAUACGGUGGCAAAAUCUACAUGUCAGCUCAACAAAUACCUCGUGAUGAUCCGUGCGACUUUUGUUUCUGUUUCCGCAGUGAUAUUAUUUGUUUACAACAGAGCUGCCCACCACCAAUUCCCGGUUGUCAUGAAGAACCAAUUGGCGGAUUCUGUUGUCCAAGGUACGAAUGCCCAGUAUCUAUGGCAGGAUCUCUUAAUAUGACAACAACGACAACGACAACAACGACAACGUUACCACCCCACUUUUUAUCUCAUGCAUACAAAGGAAAUGCAACAAGAGGAGGAUGCCAAAUAGGAAAUAGGUCUUAUCGAGUUGGGGAGGAUAUAAAGUCCAAAUCAGGACCUUGCAUGGGCUGCACAUGCGGUGGCGAUGGAAAAAUGAAGUGUGAACCCAAAGCUUGUUCUGCGAGUCCAAUGCUUAAAGAGAUGAUUGCUCAUGCUGCAGCCAGAAAACGAAGGAGAUGAGCCAUUCAGUCGUGGUUUUAAAAGACGCUUAUCUUUAACGUGAAGUGUUAAAAAUAUAUAUAU